UCUUGUUCCGUUGCUGGUCACUUGGACAUUACUGAAAUGGUAUAUAAUUCUUUGACUUCCUUAAAUAACACUGACAAAUUUUAUGAAAAAGAAAAUGAGGAAUUAGAGUUGGAAUUUAAUGUUGAGUUGUCAUCUCUUCUUGAUGCAAUUUCAGAUGAGGAAUUGCAAAAAGAAAAUAUUGACUUUGAAAUUGGCUGCCAUAUAAUUGCUUAUAUUUCUGAAGAAGAUGCAAAACAUCCUGAAUUAGAUAAGCAAAGAGAUACACCUACUUAUUUAGAAUGA